UCCGGGCUAGGGGCGGGCGUGGGCCUUGGGGGCCAUAGGGGGCUCUGGCUGCGGGACGGCACUCUCAGCCGCACUAGAGCACAGCGCAGAGGCCCCAACAGCUGUCCUCAACGCCACCAUCCUCCUCACUCCAUGGCCAUGAGAGCUGCCUGCCUCUUCCUGCUGUUCAUGCCUGGCCUGCUGGCUCAGGGUCAAUAUGACCUGGAUCCUCUCCCCCCGUUCCCGGACCAUGUCCAGUACAACCACUAUGGAGACCAGAUUGACAAUGCAGACUACUAUGACUACCAAGAAGUGAGUCCUCGGACCCCUGAGGAACAACAGUUCCAAUCCCAGCAGCAAGUCCCACAGGAAGUCAUCCCAGCCCCUACCCCAGAACUGGCAGCUGCAGGGGACCUGGAGACUGAGCCCACGGAGCCUGGCCCACUUGACUGCCGUGAAGAACAGUACCCGUGCACCCGCCUCUACUCCAUCCACAAGCCCUGUAAACAGUGUCUCAAUGAGGUUUGCUUCUACAGCCUCCGCCGAGUGUAUGUGGUCAACAAGGAAAUAUGUGUCCGCACAGUCUGCGCCCAUGAGGAACUUCUCCGAGCUGACCUGUGCCGGGACAAGUUCUCCAAGUGUGGUGUGAUGGCUGUCAGUGGCCUAUGCCAAUCUGUGGCUGCCUCCUGUGCCAGGAGCUGUGGGGGCUGCUAGGGUGGAGCUGGUAUGAGAUUCGAGCCUUGGACCCAGCUCGGAUCCGACUCAGGCCCUGCCUGACCUGGUGCUUCUCUCCCAUCCUACCCUCCCUUUCAUCCUGGGCAUCACUGGGCUGCUACCCUGGGGAGUGUGGUUGUAGCUGUCCCGGGCCCCUCCCCAGCUGUGGCCAUCCCUGCCCAGUCUUCAUUCCUUAGUAGGGUUCAUCCAAGGCCUCUUUGUGGGGCCUGGGGUUCUCACUGUGCCUUCUCGUGCCUGGGGGCAGUCCUCCUCAGUCUCCUCAGGUAGGCUGUGCCCCUUACCCAGCUGGUCUGCUUGGACUUCCUACGCCCCUAGGCAUGGACCACCUGUUUUAUACAAAAUAAUAAAAGUUUUUACAAAAGA